UCAAAACACCGCGAUCGCAUAAGACUGAAUCAGAGGGAAAGAAAAAUGCGAGCCAUAGGACCGAAGAAGACAGUUGGAUGGUGCAUAUGUGAUUGGCAACGGUAUUAAGCAAUAUCCAUGCACAUAAGCGGUUACGUGUGGGAACCGGUUCUCUUGAAUCGUUACACUUGAAAGGCUAGUUCCAAACGAUCGAAACAGCGUAAGGUGAAAGUAGAAUGAUAAAAGAAAAAUUCCGUGUACACAGAUCGAAAAUUUCCCGCUGAAGUUUGGUCAAAGGCACGUGUAACGUGGCCGCGAGGAAGAUGCACGCGUCGUUUAUUCCCAAUUAUAAGAUUGAGACCGAUGUUUGUCGCGAACUGCCAACUAACCUAAUUCGAGACUGAUCGUGUAUCGCGAUCCAAGUCUCUGGCAUAAACGUGACUGCGGGUAAUAAACUGGUAUCGCUGAUCCUUCUUCUCGCGAGCUACUAAAAACUCGUAAGGAGUAACAGUUUGGUAUUUGUUUACAAUGGCUGUGCCCAACAAGUGGGAGAACGCUUGCAGAUUAUGCUCGGAGGAAAAAAAUGAAAUGCUGUCAAUUUUCGGUAAUGAGGGAGUGCAGCGUAAAGUGGCGCAAAAGUUACGUGCCUGUCUACCCGUCUUAGUAUAUAAAACCGAUCCACUGCCAAAGCAAAUAUGUCAGUUCUGUGCCGCGAGGCUGGACGACGUUUAUGAGUUUAGAGAAUAUUGUCUGAGUGUUUAUAAAAGCAUGCACUUAAAGUUAUUAUCGUAUAAGAAUAUCGAGUCUGUUCAAAUUUAUUUAGACGCAAUGAAAAACUCGCCCGAUCCUUGUCAGGCGCAAUUGUGGAGGGAGAAAGCAAGAGCACCGCCACCUUUAGUACCUUUGCCAGCCUCGCUGCCAGUCGAUUGUCCAUCUGCGCCAACAGAUAUUAGUCAGGAACAUCCAAAUGCUUGUAUCGAAUCUUUACCCGAAGUACCUUGCGAAGUGGAGAUCAAGGAAAUGAAUACAGAAUCGAUAUUAGAAACCGAUGUUAAUAUUUACAAUGACAAAGGCAAGCUGUACAAGACGGACGCGAUAGUGGAAGAUACUACGAAUUCGUUGAAAGAAGAGAAUAACGAUUCGCAACAAGAAGUAGAGGUAAAGAGGGAAGAAAAGCGAACAAGUAUAUUAGAACAGGUACUAAUGGGUAGAGUAACAAUCAAUGAUAGAAAUGAUUUAAAUUCAAAGGAAAAGCUAUCUUCUAAAUGGUGGUGUGCUCCUUGCAAUAGUUACUACAAAACGAAAGAGAGUUUAGUGAAGCAUAUGCAAUUACAUUGUCCAAGAAAAUACACGUGUAGAAAAUGUUCUAUGUGUUUCGAGUUGGUAGAAGAUUUAGCUAAACACGAAGCUACCAGUCAUUUGAAAGUGACAGUAGAUUUUUAUAGAAGCGAUAAAGAUUGUGAUCAAUGCGAUAGACAAUUUGUUAGCUGGGAAAUGUUAAAGCAACACAGGCUACGCGAUCAUUUAGGUCAAGCAAUCGAAAUCGGGACCAAUACAUGGUGCUCGUUAUGCAAUAGAUUUUUCCCAAGCGUAGAAGCUUAUCAGAAUCAUACACAAUUGCACGAAGUUAGUAACCACACGUUGACGAAAACAGCACAAUCGGCGGUAGAACAACAAGUAGUGACAAUUCUGAAAACCGAGGAACCUUCGAAGGAAGUGAAGAGAGAACAUUUUGUAGAAGCUAGCAAAUCGCUUACGUGCCCUACUUGCGGAAAGGUCUGUACUCAGCAAAGUGCAUUGUCAAAUCAUAUGCGUACCCAUGAACCUAAGAGACAUAAAUGUGAUAUAUGCGGACGAUCUUUUGGACUUUUUAUACGUUUAGCAGCACACAGAAUGAGCGAACAUAGCCAACAGCCUACAAUGUCUCCUGUUACGGCUAGCGUCGAACAAGAAGAAGCAUUAAAUGCUGAAAGAGAAGCCAGAGAAGCGAGGGUCGCUAGAACUCGUACAAGAACCAGAACAUAUUCGGAGAUGAUGGAAAGGACAGAUACUCCCAAUCACGAUGAACCAUCUGCAAAAAACAAUGCAUCUCUAAAUACCAGUGCAUUUAAGAACGUGGCAAGAUGUGGAAUAUGUUUGCAAUGGUUUAGCGAUCACACUACAAUGUUAACACAUUUGCAAACGCAUUCAGACAACUACACUUGCAAGAAUUUUACUUGCCACAUAUGUAAAAAAUCUUUCAAGGAGAAAUGGCAAUUAUUUAGACACGAGAUGUCUCAUAAACGUAACGAGUCUGUGCCAAUGUACAUAUGCAGUGUAUGCAAUAAAUCAUUCACCGACAAGAAUACAUACAAAAUACAUCAGAAGACACACAUUGUUGAUAAAACAUAUCACUGUUCAAAGUGUAAUAAAAUAUUUUUCAAAGAAGUGUCAAUGUUGACGCAUCAAUGCACGGCAGACACGCUGUUUGGUAAAAAGGGUGUUCCUUCAAAGUCCUUGGAAAAAACUGGACCGUUGAAUACCGGUAAAAGGUACAAAUGCUCCAAGUGCAAUGCAUCCUUCGGUAGUUUUCAAUCAAAGAAUUCUCAUAUGAGAGUACACAUGGAAGGUUCGCAUACGACGGUUCGAAAGCAUGAAAUACAAGCGGAGGUGGAAGAAGAAGCUAUGCCAAAAUUAAGUCCUCAAACAUCUGUUGAAUAUGCAAUGCCUAUCGAACCAAAAGUGGAGAUAAGUGAAGAAAGUACACCGGCUCCUGUCAAACGAACCCUCAUUAGGACAACUGGCGGAUAUCGCUGCGGGGUAUGUCAGUCUCCAUUUGUUUUACGAGAAUUAGCAGUCGCACACUUGAGAUCUGCGCAUCCAUUGAUGCCGUAUCAAUGUCCAUAUUGUAAAAAACGAUUCACGACUCAGUACACGUUCACGCAUCAUAUUAAAACAGAUCACCUUGACGAGCACGAGAAUUGAAUCAUAAGAGUUACUACUAGCUCUAAUAUGCCAAACGGUCCUUAUACCAUAAACUAUGCCUCGUUGAUGUGGUAAUUUUUGUUCAUAUACAAAAUAUUUAUGGUCAUCUUAUAGAAUAACCUAUACGAUUAUUUCCGAAGUUUGAGAACAUUAACAAAGUUUGUUGAUGUAAAAAAUGUUCGUACGAGAGGGGGGUGUCGUCAUUGACUGUGUACAUCAUUGACUGUUCUAUCUAAAAAAAAAAAUCUGUUUCUACUAUACGACGGUCUCCUCCGAUUCGAAUGUAUCUUUUGCCAACAGUGUUUUUAAUAUCUCCUCAAUGUUCGGAAAUGACGGAGUCAGCUUUUUUUUAUAAGAAUCAUGCUGUAUAUAACAGUUAUCGGUUUCGUGCUGAAGCUGUAUUGUUUUGUAAUUUGGCAUACUAGUUCCUGAUCAAAUAAUUGGCCUUAAACAACGUUUUGUAGUUCUAUUUCGUAAAAAGCGAAAAAAUAUAUAUAAUACAUUCGUAAAUAAAUAUAAAUUGUUUUGAAUGAGAUAUACUUUUUAAUAAACUUUAAGUAUCAUUUAUUAUAGGAGACUGGAAUAGGAUUAGUACUUAUACUGAACGUGCCUGUUUAAGUACUGUGUCAGUCCUACACAAAUUUUUUUAGUAAAAUCAACUAUGAACGCCGAAAAGAGAAAAAUAUCGUAUUAGAUAUUGUAUAUCUCGUUGGCAAAUAGUUUUACGAAAUCAUAUAGACGUGUUAUCUGUUCGUAUAUUCGUUAGCAUCGUCAGACAUUCCUUUUCUUUAGUGAAAUUGAAGAAAUUAAAAGAAAGAAAAAAGAAAAAAAAAAUAAAACUCAACUAUCAUUUCAUAAU